CUAGAAUCGAGGAAUCUCCCCAUUCCUUUUUUUGUUUUUAUUUUUUAUUUUUUACAAUUAAAAUAAAAUAUUAAAUAAUUAACUCGGCAGCUAUGCUGUCUCACGAUUUCGAAUAUUUGAAUAAAGAAGCGCUUUGCUUCGAUCCUGAGUUUUCUUAUUUACCAAAAGCUGCUUUCUCUAGAUCAUCUAUUAUUUACCACUUCUAGGGUUUUCUUUAUUUCUUUGAUUUUAUCGAUCAUAUUUAUCUCAUUGCCUGAGCCAGUGUUGAAAUUUUUUCUCAGGUGCUUUUGUUUCAACUUUGGGGCUGAUCAAGGUUUGCGGAUCAUGGUUUAGUAGUGCAUAUAUUGUUAGUAAUAAGUGCUGGUGUGAUUAGCACAGUUUGUUUUUAAGUGUUGGAUAGCUUCAAUUUAUAAUUAGCACAGUCUGUUUUUAAGUGUUGGAUUGCGUCAAUUUAAAAGCUGGUUAGAGAGGUCUGAAUUUGGGUUUCUUGUGAAUUUAAUUUUAAGAGUUUAUGGUGAAGAUCGUGUACUUGGAUGGUGGAAUAUUGUAGGACAUGUACAUAGUUACAAAGUUAAAUGGCUUUUUAGGGGGAUGAUUUGUUCUUUCAAUUGGAAGCCAUCUUGGUGGAGAAUGUGAGUACAUAUACUUUCAAAAAUGGAUGAUAGAGAUAUUGAAAUGUGGUUUCCAAGUUGGAACAACUGGAGUCCAACUGAAACAACCGAGUCUCAUCUCUUUAUCGUUUCUUGUUUCACUGCUGCCUUAGUUGGUAUUUUGACCAUAGCUUACACGGCCUUCCAGUGGAGAAGAAACAUUAAUUUAAGUUGGAUGAAAGCCAUAGCCAGGUCAAAGAAGAACCCAAAGAGAAGGCACAAAGUUCCUUUAGCUCAACAUAGUUGGGUUCCAGAAUCUGUAUCUCGUGGGAAGAAUUUAAAUUGUUGUGUUUGCUUAAAGUCCAUGUCCCCUUCUCAAACGCUCGGGCCUAUGGCGGCUGCAGACAGUUUUAUUCACCAAUGCAACAUUUGUGGUGCCGCAGCUCACUUGAGUUGCUCGUUAAGUGCCCACAAGGAUUGCAAGUGUGUGUCUAUGAUUGGUUUUGAGCAUGUGAUGCAUCAGUGGGCAGUUCGAUGGACAGAAACUACAGAUCAACCCAGUGAAUCUUCCUUCUGUAGUUAUUGCGAAGAGCCAUGUAGUGGGUCUUUUCUUGGUGGAUCUCCUAUAUGGUGCUGCUUCUGGUGUCAACGACUAGUUCAUGUUGAUUGCCAUAAUAAUAUGUCAAAUGAAACUGGCGAUGUUUGUGAUUUAGGCCCAUUCAGAAGGUUGAUUGUAUCACCACUUUAUGUUAAGGAGGUGAACCAUACAUUGGCAGCUGGAUUUUUAAGCUCAAUCACUCAUGGAGCAAAUGAAGCUAUAUCUUCAGUGCGUGCAAGUAUUAGGAGUCAGGGCAAGAGAUACAAGCAUGGUAGUGAAUUUUCUAUUGACAUGGUUGAUAGUGGUAAUACCUGUGACCCAUCUACAGAAAGCACAGCUGAUGCUGAUAAAGCAGUAAACGGCUCUUCUGGACGAGAGGAAAACUGUAAUGGUAGCAUGAAUACAGUGGUUUCUUCCCAAGGGAGUGAAUUAGAUAAGAAGAUGGAAUCAAUGCCCAGCUUUAAAAGAAGCAGUUCGAGCAAUCAGAAGGACGAGUCUCAAACAUUAGGGAUGAAACAGAGAUUUGAGUUAGUUGAUUUGCCUCCUGAUGCAAGGCCCUUGUUAGUUUUCAUCAACAAGAAGAGUGGGGCUCAAUGUGGAUGUACCCUCAAGCAACGAUUGAACCUUCUUUUGAAUCCUGUCCAGAUUUUUGAGUUGAGCUCAACACAAGGACCAGAAGUGGGUCUUUUUCUAUUCAGGAAGGUGCCUCACUUUAGAGUUCUUGUAUGUGGGGGAGAUGGUACUGUUGGCUGGGUUCUGAAUGCUAUAGACAAGCAGAACUUUGUUUCUCCUCCUCCAGUUGCCAUUCUUCCUGCUGGGACUGGAAAUGAUCUAGCCAGAGUACUUUCCUGGGGAGGUGGUUUGGGCUCUGUUGAAAGACAUGGUGGCCUUUGCACAGUGUUGCAAGACAUAGAAAAUGCUGCAGUAACCAUUCUUGAUCGGUGGAAGGUAUCAAUUCUAAAUCAGCAGGGAAAGCAACUCCAACCUCCAAAAUUUAUGAACAACUAUCUUGGAAUUGGGUGUGAUGCAAAGGUUGCUCUGGACAUUCACAAUCUGCGGGAGGAGAAUCCUGAUAAAUUUUACAACCAGUUUAUGAAUAAAGUGCUGUAUGCCAGAGAAGGUGCAAAGAGUAUAAUGGACAGGACUUUUCAAGAUUUUCCUUGGCAAGUUAGAGUGGAGGUGGAUGGCUGUGAGGUAGAGGUUCCUGAGGAUGCAGAAGGUGUACUUCUUGCAAACAUUGGAAGCUAUAUGGGAGGUGUAGACCUCUGGCAAAACGAGGAUGAAAAUUAUGAUAAUUUUGAUCCACAAUCUAUGCAUGAUAAGAUCCUUGAGGUUGUGAGCAUAUCUGGAACAUGGCACCUUGGAAAGCUUCAGGUGGGGCUUUCUCGUGCUCGGAGACUUGCGCAGGGACAGUCAAUUAAAAUACAGCUCUAUGCUGCUCUGCCUGUUCAUAUUGAUGGGGAGCCUUGGUUUCAGCAACCCUGUACAGUAGCUAUAUCCCACCAUGGGCAGGCCUUCAUGCUGAAACGGGCUGCUGAGGCACCUCUUGGUCAUGCAGCAGCAAUAAUUACUGAUGUUCUUGAGAAUGCUGAAACCAGUCAUAUAAUUAAUGCUUCACAAAAGCGAGCUCUCCUUCAAGAAAUGGCGUUAAGGCUGGCUUAAAGCCUUGCUACAAAUCCCCUGGUAGCAGCCCUCGUAUUCACCAUUCUGUCGAGGUUGCCGAAUGGCACUUGUGAACACACUAUUUUCUUUGGUGUCUUUGCAUUUUCUUUGUAAAUCUGACCUAGGCGCCGCCGGUAGAAUGGGGAUUUUAUGUAGUUCAUGUAAGUAGGUGAUCCGGUUGUGCCUUGCAUGGCCUUGUUGAGUUGGUGAGUCACUGCUUGGAGCUCAUGCGAGUCGAACAGGGUGCUGCUGUUGGGGCGGGGGCUUAUCCUCCAAAUGGGGUUCAGGUUCACUGAGAGUUGUUUCUCUGCCAGGGAACCUGCAGAAGUAGGUGAGUCCCUUUGGUUUGAAACCUCUCCCAUUUUCUGUGAUCGUUCUUUCAUUGAUUUUUGUGUUUUGAAUGUGUUUAUGAGUGAUGUUCCUAGUAGGUAACGUGGGUUGAUUACAAUAUUCUGAACAAGAAAUUGUAUUGUUUUCUACGUUUUAGGAUGUUCUCACAUGGAUUUUGAGUACCCUUGUGACAGAUUAUUGUUGUAAUUUUAGGUAUGGCAAAACAAAUAAAUAUAAUUUGUGAACGUGUUUUGAUUAGGAAGUAAAAGCGAAACAUAAAAACAAUCGUCUUGUGGGGACUGGUCGAAGACCCAAACAAGCGUAUUAGUUUUACAUUUUUGUUGUUACAUGGCUGUUUAGAUGAUAUUAAUUGCAUUGUUUUCUAGAAUUUGUUAGUGGAGAGUGGGGCUUGAACACUAAUAGAAAUUGGGUAUACAAAUAAUGUAUUAUCAUAUAAUUAAAUGUCUUUUUAUUUUUAAUUUAAAAUCAUUCAAUCAUAUAAUGACAUAUAAUUUAUAUAUUUAAUUAUGUAUUCAAAGGUAUGUAUACGUAGAUUUACUGAUAGAUUUAUUCACUGGAUUGAAAUAAGGGUGAUUAGGUAUGGUUGUGUUUAUGAUAAUAACUGUUGAGUUACCCAUUUGACUCAGUCAUAUGAUCAUAAAUAAAACAAGGUAAAAAGAGUGGAAGAGUAGACGAAACGGGUCAACAAACAAGAUUGAUUUUGUUUUAGUGGAGUGAUUCAACUAAUUAGACGUCUUUAUUUGACAGUGGUGCCUCAAGUUAAUGCGUUAAUAAUGGGUGUUGAUGUUGUCUAUUUAUUUGAUUACUUAUCAUAAAAGAAUAUUGUGUUCAUCAGAUGGAGUUUCAUUUUCAUCUAACAGUUAUUCAAUGUGAAUGUUCAUAUUAGAAAUUUUGGAGUUACAGUUUUUUUAAUGUCUAAAAUACCCUUAAUCUUUUAAUUUUUUAUAUUUUAUUUUGUAAAUAAUGAAAUUGUUCUAAUUUUUACCAAAUUUCUCAAUUAGCAGCCAUUUAAUCAUGUUGUUAAUUGGCCUGAGUUUUGAGUUUUGAUUUCAGUUCUUGCGUUUAAAGUUUCACCCUAAUGCACAACUUUGGUAUACAAUAAAUUACAUCUUUCCACCUUAGGUUUUACCUAAAAGUAUUUUCUAACGUUAUAAAAUUAAAAUGGUAAUUUUAUUAUUAGUAAAA